GAGAAGGUUCCUUUCUAGUGAACAUUUUCCAAUCUCGUCCAAAAAAAGUUACACGUCAAAGAUCCUGGAAACGAGGUUUACAGGAUAUACGCCUUGCCACUCUGUCACGCUACUUCAAAAUCUACUCAAAGAUCGACUAAAGUUACUCACACCAACUACUGUUACUUUCUUUGUCACAGAUAGUUGUAGGAUUUGGAGAAGAUGACAUUUUAUAGGAAUUUAGUCUGGUUUACCAAAGGUUUACGUGAAUAUACGAAGAACGGAUAUCUUUCAGCAGAGAAAUCGUUUGAUCCAAAAGCCUUGGAUGUUGAUGUUUCAUCGCGAACGUUCAUGAUAACUGGUGCAAACAGUGGAAUUGGAAAAGAUACAGCGGCAUUUUUAGCCAAAAAAGGAGCUACAGUACACAUGGUUUGUCGUAGCGAAACUAGAGGCGAAGAAGCUCGAAAAGAAAUCAGCGAAUCAUCGGGAAACGAUAAAGUAAUUUUGCACAUUCUCGACAUGUCUAAGCCCAGAAUGGUGUGGGAGUUCGUAGAGAAGUUUGCAUCUACCAAUGAAGCUCUUCACGUCCUUAUAAACAAUGCAGGUUGUAUGGUAAAUACAAGAGAAGUUGAUGAAGAUGGUUUGGAAAAGAACUUUGCUACUAACACUUUGGGAACGUACAUUUUGACAUCUGGUCUCGUACCUCUACUCCUCAAAAACGAAGCUCCGAGAGUUAUUACAGUUUCGUCAGGGGGUAUGCUUGUGAUGAAACUUGAUUUAAAAGAUCUCCAGUUUGAAAAGAUGAACCCAUUUGAUGGAACCAUGGCAUAUGCUCAAAACAAACGACAGCAAGUGAUCAUGACUGAAAAAUGGGCAGAAAAACACAAGGAAAUUUUCUUUUCUUCCAUGCAUCCAGGUUGGGCAGACACUCCAGCAGUGCAGACAUCAAUGCCAGGUUUCCAUCGCAAAAUGAAGGACCGUCUGCGUACUUGUACCCAGGGUGCUGACACAAUCAUAUGGCUGUCUGUUGCUGAUAUGUCAAUGGAGACCCGUGGUGCCUUCUAUCAAGAUAGAAAACCAGUUUCAACUCAUUUACCUCUGGCAUGGUCUAAGGCUUCUGAUGGCGAGAAAAAUGAGCUGAUGACCAACCUGGAAGAAUUAGCCUCCAAGUUCAAGCCUGGUUCAUCGGCCAACUGACAAUUGCCAUUAGUAGGAAAACUAAGCAAGCCUGUUAUUGUGUUGCCCUCUCAUUUUCUUGCCACCCCUUUGCAAUGCCAUUAGUACGGAUCAGGGGGAAAAGGUCAUUUCAUUUGUUUCAUCGGAAUUGUGGAAGUUUUUAUGUAAUCAAGAGUGACUGAUCUAGAUGAACAUUACUUCAAGAAAAGAAUCAUUAUUAUAGAAUCCUGAAAUGUGAAUUUAGUUUACAUAUUUUUCAUUAUAUAAAACCAUUUUCUUUUAAUGCUAAAGAGCCAGAGAAAAGUGCUAAAAUAUUCAAUUUGUUUUCAGCCCUAAGUAUAGCAAUUUGGCUGGUGCUAUUUAGAAGAAAUAAAAAUGACAUCAAUUUAACAGAGGAAAAACAAAAUAAUGAUCAUAAAACAUUGAGUGUUGAAGUUUUUCUUUCCAAUUUUUUUCAUGGUAUUUGAUACUGCAAAAUGAAGUGUAAAACCAGAAUUAGGGGAGGAGGUACUCACAUGUGAAGGUCUCUGAAGAACAUUUUAAAGUGUAAAGAGUAGCAUCUAGAAACUCGUUGGUCUUACUCCAACUGCUGGAUUUACUAGUUUUGAUUUUCUUAAUUUAGUGCUUCUGAUGAAUGAAUCAUUGCUGUAUCAAUUUUGUUACCUUAUCUUAA